UUUUAAUAAAAAGAUAGAUAUAAAAAAAUAGAUUCAUAACUUUUUGAAAAUGAAAAUGGCAAUAAUACUAAAUAUUCAAGUGUAUUUAUGUAUGUUUUUCGCUUUUUUACAAACUGAAGGAACACGUAAUUAUAAAGAAAAUGCGAUUAUCAUAAAUAAUUUUCUACGUCAGCCAGGAUGGAAUAAUAUAAAUGAUGUCGAAUUAAUUAAGUAUGGAAACAAUAAACAUGAACUGAAAAAUUUAAUUUUUAAUCCUGUAAAAUUAUUUAAUUGUAAUGAUUGUAUACGGCAAGCAAUGCUAUUCCUUGGAUGUUCUUACGCUAAUGAUUUAGAUUUAAUAAACUUUUCAUUAACUAAAUUUCAAGAACAUUGUUUUGAGCUAUUAGUUUCUAGUUAUACUAGUGCGCACAAUUGUACAAUCACACUUUUAAUGAAAAUGAUUGAAAUUGUUCCGAUGGCAGAAUGUAUGAAAGGAGCUUUAGAUGCAAUAGAUAAAUAUUAUAUUUUUUCCCGGAACAGUGAGAGAAGAAGAAACCGUAUUAUUUUAAGCAGGUUACUAACAAAUAUACAGGAAGGAAAAACUUUAUUGACUACGUUGAGAACCAGUUUGCUUUCAAUUGAGGAUGUAUUAAAGACUAUCGCGGAAAUAUUAUUGUCAAGGCGUAAAGAACUUGAUGAAGAUAAGUCAUUUUGUCAACUAAAACACUUGGAUUUUGAUUCAUUGUGGAAUUUAUGGAUUUUAGAAUGCAAUACAUUAAAAUUUCAAGAACUAUUUAUUUUUCUUGGUGAUAAAAUUAGUAAUUUUAUCCUAACAACAAUCAAGAAAAAAUAUAUUGAUCUUGGAUUUAAAUUUGAUUGGAACACAAAUCAGACAUUUUUACCUGUUCAACUAUCUACCAGUUACAAUCAUGGUAUGGCACAAAAUCUUUCUACAAAUUUUACACAAAAUACCAAUUAUGUAAAUACGCAAGAAACAAUUAAAAAAAAUGAUAUUACAGCAUAUCCUUCGAUACUACGGAUUAAUGAUGUAGAGAUACGGGAAGACAUUAGACAAGAAAAUAACAAUUGUGAAGUGAAUGAUGAUGAUUCAGCCGAGCUAGUUUAUUAUCCCAAGGGUCAGGAACCAUUUAAUAAAUACCUUUAAAUUAAUUUUCUUGUGCUAAAUUUUUCUCAUAGUUCCAUUAUUAUAUACAAUAAUUGUGUUAAUUUAUAUGCAUGACUUAAAUAUUUAAUAAAAAACAAUUAAUUAUUACUAAUAUUACAUUUUAUUAGUAUUCUCAAAAAAUACGUGUUCCUUAACAAUGUGUUAAGUAAACAUUAUUUUAACGUGUUAAACUUAUACAUUAAUAA